AGAGAAGACUCAGAAGAGUGAAGACGUGAGAGAGUCGUUGUGGUGUAAGUGAUCGCAGAGAGAGAGAGAGAGCAAGAGAGAAGACUUUGGAAAAGAAAAAAGAAAAGGGAAAUGGGGUGGAUAGGUGAGACGAUGGACUCUAUCAAAUCCCUUCAGAUCCUCACACAGGCCAUCACUCUCGGCAUGAUUGUUACUUCUGCAUUAAUAAUUUGGAAGGCAUUGAUGUGUAUCACUGGCAGUGAGUCCCCUGUUGUUGUUGUACUUUCUGAAAGCAUGGAACCUGGCUUCAAGAGGGGAGACAUCUUGUUCUUACACAUGAGCAAAGAUCCUAUUCGUGCAGGGGAGAUUGUUGUUUUCAAUGUUGAUGGUCGCGACAUUCCAAUUGUCCAUCGUGUAAUUAAGGUCCAUCAAAGGCAAGAUACUGGCGGGGUUGAUGUCCUUACAAAAGGAGAUAAUAAUGAUGAUGACGACAGGGUUUUGUAUGCUCAUCGCCAACUCUGGCUUCAACGGCACCAUAUAAUGGGCAGAGCUGUAGGGUUCCUACCUUAUGUUGGCUGGGUGACGAUUAUCAUGACUGAAAAGCCACUUAUCAAGUAUAUUCUUAUUGGUGCAUUGGGGUUGCUUGUCAUAACAUCGAAAGAUUGAAGAAUGAAGCAAUUUCAAGUCGUGGUUGAUCUCCAAUUAACCACUGUUCAUAAGCGGCUGCUAUCCUCUUCUUGAAUGUGCCUUGUCUUGUAUGUUGGACGAGUUUUAAUUAAUGAUAAAAGUAAACCAGAAUAGUUGUUUAAGAGCCUGUGUUUUGUCCUUUCAACACUCGUAAUAAUCUGUUUAGGGAGGCCGGAUAAGAGGCUGGAUAAGGAUACAGUGCUUUUGUUACUUUGAAGGGAAAGGUACUCAAAGUAAGCCUUUUGUUACAUCAAUCGUAUUAUUAUUCC